AUGACGCAGCGGCUCAGGAAUCUACUCUGCAGCCCUCUGCACAGCUUUCCCCGGCACUCACAACUCACGAGCCAGCGCCACAAACACACUGUGUGCUUUAGGGCUGAUGUGGGGUGCAUCGUCGCUGCUCGGCAAACAUUUAGGAUUAUCGCCUUUGUUAAUCCUGUAAUUGCACGUGUGCUUGGCUCUGGGACGGCCGAUAAAACAACCAAACACUUUAGAAGCGAGGGGGAACGCGGGGCAACAGAGUGUGGGAACUUCGCCGUGCUGGUGGAUCUCCACGUUGUGCCCCUGGGCAGCCGAGAGGACCCCAGCUGGUUUACUACGCAGCACAUCAAGGAAGUUACAACUGCGGUCCGAGACGACGUGGACCACAGAGUCAAGCAGUACACAGUGUUCGCCCGCAGUCGGAACCAGCCCAAGCAGAGGAGGGAGCUGGGCCCGGCCGCCACUCUGUGUGUGAAAGGAGAAAGCUUCAACCUCGUGGCUGGCUUUCAGAAGCGACACGUCAACCUCAGAUGCGUUGCCAAACAACAGCAUUAUGCGGCGUUGCGUGUGUUUCCUGAGCGCUACGUUGUGUGUGUGAGCAGUCCGGAGGAUGCCUCGGUGCACCAUGGAAACCCGAGCUCCGCCGUGACUGAGCUGAGCGAACAAAGCAGAUCAGAAUAUUUUUCCAGAGUGGGAGAAACCCAAGAGCCUUUAAACAGCCCCACAAAAACAAAGAGGACCUUGCUUCAAAAGAUAGCCAGAUGCGCCGGCAUCCAGAGAGGGCUCAAUGCAGCCGGUGUGGGGGAGCAGCAGCUUGACCAGAGUGUCCGUCCUGAAGACCAGGAACAGGAGAUAAAACCUGAAGAGUCCAAAUCAAGCCCUGUAGAGGUAGGAUCCAAUCCUGGAGACCCUACUGUUAGCCCUGGAGAGAAGGCGCCUUCCCCAGAAGCGGCGCGCCAGCCAAUUAUAGAGGCUUUCCCUACCCUUUUAGACGAGCUCAGUCCCCAGGUUGAGGGUAGGGGACCGCAAAACCUGAAACCAGGCCAGCAGACUGAGAAUGGCCCUCCAGACAGCGUCGAUCAUGAGGGGGUCUCUUUAGUUUCCUCCCAGCUUGAACCCAGUCAGGAGAGCAGCGGCAGCAAGAGGCGCAAGCCUGGUGAUACCGGGGAAGACCCUCAACCGCAGAGGGCCAAGAGGACGUGCCUUGGAGAACCUCCAGUCUUGUUAGCCCGCGAGCUCAUGAUGCAAACCCCCUCCAUUGAACGCGCCUCGCAAACAUCCCAGUUCGAUCCACUUCCUCCGCCGCCCCUUCCUCCGGUCGUAGCCAAAGCCGAGGCAGAGUCCAAGGCUUUCCCAGUCUCCAAGUGCAAGAAAACCACACUGGAAGUGGAGCUGCUUACUCCAGGGAAACGGGCCCAGAGGCUCCCCCUCACAAGCAAUAACACGGAGCAGACAAACCAAAACAGGCUGGCCACAAGUCUGAGGGGCCUAUCUGUCAAGCCUGCAUCCUCAGGCUCCUCUAUUAGUUCCAGAUCCACAGUCGGAGAGGAGGGGAGUCAGAAUGUGCCCAGAACCUCCAGAUUACGACGGCAAAAGAGGUCCUGAGAGGGAGAGACAAGCUGGAGUAAAGAUGCCUGACGCCAUGGAGAUAGAGAUGAUAUUGUGUCAGGCUAAGUGUUUACCGUUUAAAAGUCUCCUCCACAGAGUCGAGUCAUCAGCUACACACACAUGUACACUUGUCCACGUUUCACACUUACAAACCCCUUGUUCCACUUACACAUACUGCAUGUGCAAAGCACACAGGCACACACACACACACACACACACACACCCACACACACACACGAGCACAGACAGAUCGAAUGCUUAACAUAUUGCGGCAAUUGAUUCAUGAGUGUUUGAGUUAUGCUUUGUCAAAUAGUUGAAACAGUUUUUGCCUCCACCCAUAAGUAGCGGUGGUCGAGGGAGGCUCGCAAAUGAAAGUCAAAAAACCUUUAAUUGGAGUUUAGAUUUGGUUUUGUGUUAAAGAUUGGGGAUUUCAGACAGGCAGGAGCCAUGCAGUACGUCAUGGCUUCCAGCCUGAAACACUGGCUCCUACGUGUCUGAAAACUGUCUAGUUUCCUCGCUGAAGCCGAAGCCUUUGAUUGAAUCUUAUUUCCAGAUUUGCUCAUUCACUCUCUUUGUUUUUAAACUCGUGUUCAAGCCUCUUUUUUGACUCGGUGAUUAACAUGCAUUCGUGCACCCUUUGCCAACUACUUAGCGGCUGUCGUGCAACUCCAGCUUAUCUGCGUCGGUGCCGCGGCGCACAACCGCCGCGUCGUGCUGAACUGUCUCGGGAAGUUUGUUGGUAUAACAACAGUUUUGAAGUAGUCAUUUUUUUUAUAGUACGGCAAUAGCUGGCACCUAUUCAGCAUCAACGGGCGAGGUGCAGCCGGUCGUGCUCUGCACCGCAGAGGACUUCGACUUCAUAAUUAAAC